GGGGGGGGCGCGAGGCGGCCGACGAGAAGGGAGUCUGGUGGAGGCGGAGCCGGCGCUCGAGCCCGGCCGGCCUGGACUUCGCGCAGCACGGCGGCCGCUGCCGCCGCCGCCAACCACCGUCCCACCCAGAGCAGCAGCAGCUCCUGAAUUUAAUGAAGCUAUCAGAAGACAUCUCAUUGAGUUCUUGAAAUGGAAUAUUCAUUAACCGUGUUUAAAUAAGGCAACUAUGUCAUUCACGCAAUGUAUGCCUCUGAUCUUCUAGCAGGAAAUGAGUCUUGGAAGUAAAAUGAGACUGAAUGAGGCACAUCCAUGAAGAAACUCCUUGUUUAUAUAUUUUAAGGACAGAACUCUGAAAGAGUCGAACAUCAAGACUUGCCUGUACUUUCAUAAUGAAGAAAAUUAGUCUCAAGACCAUUCGUAAAUCUUUUAAUUUAAAUAAGAGCAAAGAUGACAGUGACUUUGUAGUAGUUGCACAGCCAUCAUUAAAUGAUUUUGCAAAAGACGACUCCUUAUUUGGGAGCUGCUACGGUAAAGAUUUGACUAACUGCGACAUUAACAGCGAAGAUGAGAAAGGUGGGAAAAACAGAUCAAAGAGUGAAAGUUUAAUGGGUACGUUAAAAAGAAGACUGUCAGCAAAACAGAAGCAGAAAGGCAACAAAGGUAGUACCCCAUCUGUAAGUUCUGCUGAUGACGACACCUUCUCUUCUUCUUCUGCUCCAAUAACCUUCAAAGAUGUGAGAGCUCAAAGGCCUCUUAGAUCCACUUCCCUACGAAAUCAUCAUUAUAGUCCAACUCCGUGGCCCCUUCGUCCAACAAACUCAGAAGAAACAUGUAUAAAAAUGGAAGUAAAAGUAAAAGCCUUGGUCCAUUCCUCAAAUCCAAGCCCUGCACUGAAUGGUGUUCGCAAAGAUUUCCAUGACUUGCAGUCAGACAGCAUGUUCCAGGAACAAAACAAUGCAUUAAAAAGUACAGAAUCUCAGAAUGGAGAUUUGCAUCUCCAUAUUGAUGAGCAUGUGCCUGUAGUUAUUGGACUUAUGCCUCAGGACUACAUUCAGUAUACUGUGCCUUUAGAUGAGGGAAUGUAUCCUUUGGAAGGAUCACGUAGUUACUGUUUGGAUAGUUCCUCACCCAUGGAAGUUUCAACUGUUUCUUCUCAAAUGGGUGGUAGUGCAUUUCAUGAAGAAGAAGCUUCAGUGAGUCAAGAUGUAGUAGUUCCUCCAGAUAUCUUUGUGGACCAAGCAGUAAGUGGUUUAUUAAUUGGUACCACAGGAGUCAUGUUGCAAAGCCCAAAAGUUAAUCACAGUGAUGUUCCUCCACUCUCCCCACUGCUACCUCCAAUACAGAAUAAUCAAAUCCAAAGGAACUUCAAUGGCCUGAAUGGCACAGAUGUCCAUGUGGCUGAAAGUAUGCGGUGCCAUUUGAAUUUUGAUCCUAACUCUGCGCCUGGAGUUGGAAGAGUUUAUUAUUCUGUACAGAACAGUGGUCCUAUGGUUGUGACAAGUCUCACAGAAGAACUGAAAAAACUUGCAAAACAAGGAUGGUACUGGGGCCCAAUUACACGAUGGGAAGCAGAGGGGAAGCUGGCCAAUGUCCCUGAUGGUUCAUUUCUUGUACGAGACAGCUCUGAUGACCAAUACCUUUUAAGUCUGAGUUUCCGUUCCCAUGGUAAAACUCUUCAUACUAGAAUUGAACAUUCAAAUGGUAGAUUUAGCUUUUAUGAACAACCAGAUGUGGAGGGACAUACUUCUAUAGUUGAUCUAAUUGAGCAUUCAAUCAGGGACUCUGAAAAUGGAGCAUUUUGCUAUUCAAGAUCUCGAUUGCCUGGAUCUACAACUUAUCCAGUCAGACUGACCAAUCCGGUGUCUCGUUUUAUGCAGGUGCGCUCUUUGCAGUAUUUGUGUCGCUUUGUUAUACGCCAGUAUACCAGAAUAGAUCUGAUUCAAAAACUGCCUUUGCCAAACAAAAUGAAGGAUUAUUUACAAGAAAAGCACUACUGAAGGCUUAGGGGAACCUUGCAUCUUGCACUUUGGGAACAACAACAAAAAAUUAAAAGAGAGAUUGAAAUACAGUUUACAAACUUUAAUUGCUAUCAUUCUUUUGCUGCCAUAAUUUCUUUUUUCUGCAUCAAGAAGGGUAAUGCAUUUUUAUUUGUUGAUUGGGUGGUCUGGGUUUUUCUUUCUAAAGUUUUUCAGAAGAGUGAAACAGCUAUCCUUCAUUCAAUGUGUAAAAUUAAUCACAAUGUGAAUGAUAAAAGUUUUCCUAAAACUCCCCAUCUUGCUGCUAAUCCACUGUGAUUUUUAUGCAUUUGAAGCACAUUUCAUGUGUUUUCAACCAUAAGUAAAAGUUGAAACUUAAUGGGAUAUGUUUUGUCUUCUUCAAUUAGCUUUGUUUGUUUGUGCUUUUUUCUUUUUUUUAAUUAAAGAAGAGUGGAUAAAAUGUGCUACAUAAAACUGA